AUGUACUUCGGGCUGCAGGUGGGAGCGCUCAACACCAUGUCACCGGCAACCGCCCUGCUGGCAUUCGCCAUCUUCAGGAGCACGUCGCGAUGGCUUCCAUUCGCCUUCACGCCGACGGAGAAUGUUAUCGUCCAGACCAUCGCCUCGUCCAUCGCCGGCAUGCCUGUCGCCGCCAGCCUGACCAACGCCAUCCCGGCGUUUGAGUUCCUCCGCCGGCCUGACGAGGGCGGGUCGCGGCACUUUUCAGUCGCAGAAUUGAUGGCAUGGUCCCUGGGCGUGUCGUUCUUCGGAACUGUCUUUGCCGCGCCCUUCCGCAGGUACUUCCUCCUGCAGGAGAAGCUGCGCUUCCCGGGCGGGAUUGCGAAGAGGGCGGAUGCGGACAAACAUGGCCUCGAUUUGGUGGAUGCGGAUGCGGAUGCGGGUGGAGAUGCGGAUGCACAUACGGAACGUGCCUUUGACGACCGUGAUUCCGCGGGCGAUGGCACGCCGCUCCUCCGAGAGUAUGAUUGGGGAUCUAAGGUCAAGAUCAUUGCCUACGCAUUCUCCGGCGCCGCGGUCUAUUCAAGGGUCUUGUAUUUCUUCCCCAUCUUUUCCAGGCUCCCCGUUUUUGGGAGGGCUGCAUCUGAGGAUUGGCUCUGGUUCUUCACUCUAUCGCCGGCAUUCACGGCCUUCGGAAUGAUUCUGGACCUUCCAGUGGCCUUUUCCAUGCUAUACGGCACAAUAUUCGGUUGGGGAAUACUCUCCCCUCUUGCCAAAGGCAAAGGAUGGGCACCUGGCGGCGUCGGGGACAUGGAGUCGGGAGCUCGUGGAUGGCUCGUUUGGAUUAGCAUCAGCUUCCUGCUUGGUGAUGCGGUUGUCCGCCACGUUCUCAGCUCGGCAAAACCGUCAGAUGCGGCGGGCCAGCUGGUUUCUCGCCAGGCAAUCCUCCUCUGCAUGGCUAUCUCGAUCUCUCUGUGCCUGGUCUGCACGUUAGUCGUGUUCGGGGGCGAGAUCCCCUUCCACCUCGUUAUUCUCGCUGUAGUAAUCGCAUUUCCUCUCUGCCUUAUCAUCAUACAAUCCGUCGGUGAGACAGACACCGCCCCAACAAUGAGUCUGAGUAACAUUUGUCAAUUUCUCUUUGUUCUCAUGCUCUCCCCGGCGUCACGGACCAAUCUCACUACAAUGGCUGCUGGCGCCAUCACCGAGGCCGGAUUGUGGCAGUCUGCGGUCCUCAUGACGGACCUCAAGACAGCACAUUUGGUUCAGGCUUCACCAAAGGUCAUGUUCCACGCCCAGCUACUGGGCUCCUUUAUUGGCGCCUUCAUCGGAAGCGGCAUCUACCGUCUCUUCACCAGCGUCUAUGCCAUCCCCAGCGCCAACUUCGCCGCUCCCCUGGCCUAUAUGUGGGCGAAUACUGCUCGGCUGGCGAAUGGAGGAGAGCUUCCCCGGGGUGUAUGGCCGUUCAUGUUGUCGGCGUUUAUCGCGUCUGCCUGCUUACGGAUCCUGAGCCUUGCUGCCGGAACGAGUCGGUGGAGGGUUUGGGUCCCAAGCGGGGUCGCCAUCUCCUUAGGCAUGUACGUAACCCCUUCGAUCACCCUCGCACGACUCGUGGGCGCCGCUAUCCACAUCUUCAGCAUUCACUACUGGGAGCUUCCAGAGGUGUCCCUCAUGUCUGCCGCGGCCGGCUGCAUUCUGGGCGAGAGCCUGCUAGGCUUGGUCCCUCAGAUUGUCGGGACGCUCUUCGAACAUCGCGUACCCCUCUAA